CCGCCGCACAGCUCAGAGCCAACGCCGCCCGGCCUCGCCACCCUCCAGCACCAUGGCCAACCUCGAGCGCACCUUCAUUGCCAUCAAGCCGGACGGCGUGCAACGUGGCCUGGUGGGCGAGAUCAUCAAGCGCUUCGAACAGAAGGGAUUCCAUCUCGUGGCCAUGAAGUUCCUUCGGGCCUCUGAGGAACACCUGAAGCAGCACUAUGCUGACCUGAAAGACCGCCCAUUCUUCCCUGGACUGGUGAAGUACAUGAACUCAGGCCCUGUUGUGGCCAUGGUCUGGGAGGGGCUGAAUGUGGUGAAGACAGGCCGAGUGAUGCUUGGGGAGACCAAUCCAGCGGAUUCUAAGCCAGGCACCAUUCGUGGGGACUUCUGCAUUCAAGUUGGCAGGAACAUCAUUCAUGGCAGCGACUCAGUAAAAAGUGCUGAAAAAGAAAUCAGCCUGUGGUUUAAGCCUGAAGAAUUGGUCGACUACAAGUCCUGUGCUUAUGACUGGGUCUAUGAGUAAGAGGUUGUCCUUCAACACUGCGUGGUUUGUCCCUGGACACAGAUCUUCAUUCCACUGACUUGGAAGCAAUAGGGUGUUUAUUCUUUUCUAAAGCAUAUUUACCAGUAAAGCCUUUGGAA